AUGAAUGGGAGGUUAAUGUAUGGUCUGGUGAGUCGGAAGUCCCUGGCCAAGAACACGAUUAUGGGAGCCGACCAGUUAAACAGCUAUGUAACACUGAAGCUGCAGAAUGUCAAGUCGACUACAGUGUGCGUCAAGGGCCCCCAACCAUGCUGGGAACAGGACUUCCUCUUCGAGACCAACCGGCUGGACACGGGCAUGCUGGUGGAAGUGUGGAACAAGGGCCUCAUAUGGGACAAAGCGCUGGGCUACCACUGGAUCCCACUCACCAACAUACAGUACUCCAACGAGGAGGGAGAGGGCCGGUGGUACCAGCUGGACGCGGAGCGAGUGCUGGAGGACGGCGAGGUGACGGGGACGAGGGACCCCACCGGCGAUUCCAUCCUGUUGGACUGCCGCUUCGAGCUACCAUGGGAGCUGGAGGAGACGGAGGCGCAGGAGCUGCAGAGGAAGCUGGAGGUGCUCAACCACCUCAUGGAUCAGGAAACCCGGGGGGCGCUGGGACCCUCCAGGACUCCCCAGCAGACUCUCAUGUCGAGAAUGUCGGAGGACAGCGACUACACGAGCGAUAUCAACUACCCGGUGGGGCAGCAUCCGAACUCCUCGGCGUCGCAGUUCCUGUCGGUGGCCAACCAGAUGUCGACGCCCCAGAGAUCGCUGGAGACGAGCCGCGAGAACUCGUACGAGCGCGAGGACAGCGUGCAAUACGGCGUGGACGGCGUCCUGGACUCGUACGGGCCGGCGAGCGACCGCGGCUACUACGACGACACGUACGAGAACAACAAGCGUAACGAGGGGCGCUCCCACACGGGCGGCUUCGAGGACGACCUGUACUACAACAGCCGACCGAACAACAGGAAAGACUAUAGCCCGGUGAGCAGCUACUUCAGCACCCACGAGUACAUCAGCCAGUACGCGAACCAGGAGGACUUCGACAAGGCGCCCGUCACCACCACCACCACCACGACCACCACGACCUCCAGCAACGCCAGAGGGAAGCUCACCAGAGGAACGACGCGGCGACCAAGCCUGGAGAGACAGAUCACCCUGUACGAUGAGCAAGGCGGGGGAACGAGUGGGGACGUGACCAGUCGAGAAAACAGGUACUCAAACUACCAUAGCUACUAUCACCAGUACUCCACCAGCCAGGAGGAACCCAGUAGUGCAGUGCCUGGUGAUGAGGUGGAACAGACAAAUGAACGCUACGAAAAUGAGCAGGGAGUGUGGUAUGAUAAAGACAGGACAGAGGGAUACUAUGGGGAGUAUGGCAAAGAGUACUCCAAGGACGAGGGCUACCAGAAUGACAAAACGGACGACGGCUACGCUGGGGAGCAGUACGAUGAAUAUGGGUAUGAUCAGUACGGGCAAUACUAUGACUAUUACGGGUAUGAUAAGAACGCUGAGAACUAUGACUAUUCUCAGUAUGGGUAUUACGGCUAUGAAGGGUGGGAGAACUACUACCAGAACUAUGAUGGUUAUUACGGUUAUUAUGACGAGGCAGGGGUCUUUCAUAAUUACAAUGAAAAUUAUAACUAUGCUUAUAGAAGCAAUGAACAUUUGGACACUCCCGAGGAGGUGCAAGGUGAUAGUUACAAAGGUGGGUCGCUGGAUGCCUACAAGAUGAUCACCGCUUACACCACCACAGCCACCACCACAGCCAUCACCACCACCACAGCCAUCAGCCCUGCGAUGACCUUCACCACAUCAACCACCACGAAGCCUUUGGGUAACCACGUGGCGCCCGCACAAAAGCCUCAGCCCAAAGCGGACGGAGGCCUCUUCAACAAACUGCUGCCACAACUUCCUAUUUCCCUUUCAUCCACCACCACUACUGCCGCUGCCACCACGACCACCACAACCACCACCAUCACCACGACGCAGUCUAGCCGCCCCCUCCAGCAGCCAACCAUCCCGCAGGCUAGGCCGGUCACAGCACAACAGGCAGCUCAGCAGCAUACAACAGUGCAACAAAAACAACAGCAACAACAGCAGCAAAAGCCAGCAGCCGGCGGCUUUGGCUUGUUCGGCGGCAUGAACAAGAAAGGUGGCCUUUUCAAUGCCAUGUCCGGCAUAACGUCCAAAAUGAGCGACACACUAAACACGGCAGUUAAAGAAGUUUCAGCAGUUGCACAACAUGCGAAUGUUGCAGCUCAACAGACCACCAAAGCGGCAACAGCUAAGGCGGCGGCUGCGGCCAAGUCAGCCGGAGUCGUGCCCCCCGCCGCUGCCCAGAAGGCGCCGACGCCCCCCACCGCGCAGCCCAAGCCCAGCGCCCCGAUGACGCCGCGCACGACCCUCACCAAGCAGGAGAGCGUGCGCAGCGACAAGAUGCCCGGGGACGAGGCCGAGAGGCGGUCCCUGGCCACGCUGCCCGAGGUCUCGGACCCGGAGUACCAGAGCGACUCCCUGAAGCAGCAACAACUCUGGCACCAGGACAGCUUCGAAACCGCACACACAGACAGAACACAGCCGCGCCAGGACAGCUACGAGACGGCUCCGGAGGAUUCCAUCUACGAUGAGGAAAUCGAGCCCCAUCCUCACGACGCGGAGUAUGACGACUACUAUUCUCGUCAUCCUGGGGAGUAUCAGGACUCAUACUACGGUGACUACUACGAUGAUGAUCCUCACUAUCGGUACCGUGAUGACUUCGAGGACUCCUUCGAUAAUGACGAUGUCUCGAGUAUUGUGGACACAGACAGGAACCUGCCUCGCUAUUCUUCGCAGGGAUCACAGGAGAGGUUCAUCGACGGGGACGGCCAGUACUCCACCGAGUACGACAGCGGGACGGACUCGAGAGAGGUGGUCAACGCCAGGAUAGAGCCAUACCCAGGAGACUUGAGCAAGGUGCUGAGCGACACCCCCCACGCCGGCCCGACGCUGCCUGAACAAGCGCCAGGGGCUCCCAAGAUCACGGGAACGGGCCCCGCCGACGCCGCCGCCGUUGCUGCCGCCGACGCAGAGGGCCCGAGAGACGACUCGCUGACGCCGCAGAUCUCCAACGAAGUCCGUCACGUGAGCUUCGAGGGGGACGAUGGCGCGCCCGAGGACGAGGCGCCCAAGAAGAAGAUGACCGCGCGCGAGCGAUGGUACUGGGCCUUCGACAAGAUCGUCGAUCAGCUUAACCAAAACCGAGGUGGCCUCGAUGGCGUGGUCAGCAAACUCAUGCCUGGAGACAACCCCUUCUACAGCAACAUUGACAGCAUGCCGGACAUUCGACCCCGGAGGAAGUCCAUCCCGCUCGUCUCAGAACUGGUGGGGGUGUAG